UUUUUUUUUUAAUUCUCGUUGGUUUGUGCUCUCGACUCUCCUUGUUAUCGAUUCAACACUCGACAACAAGCAUAGAUUCAGACCGGAGUUUGUCGGACUUAAUUCGCCGGGAAGUUUGGGUCUUUCCCCGGCAAGAAAUGCGAGUGAAAGUAAAAGAAAAAGUAGAGUUAGGAUGUCGAUGUACGAUGCUGCUUUCCUCAACACAGAGCUUUCGAAACCGACGUCCAUCUUCGGCCUCCGGCUAUGGGUCGUUAUCGGAAUCUUGCUCGGAUCUCUAAUCGUCAUCGCUCUCUUCCUUCUCUCCCUCUGCCUAACCUCUCGCCGCAAAAAUCGAAAGCCGAGAGCCGAUUUCGCUUCCAAGGAGAUAAAAGAGAUCGUUCAGGCGCCGGCGCCGGGGGAGAUCCAGGUGGAUAUAGGGAAGACGGAGCACAGAGUGGUGUUCUCAGGUCGGGUGUCGAGUGGAGAGAGUAGAGGAACUGCGAGUGCCAGCGAGACGGCGUCGUUUUCGGGGAGCGGAAACGUUGGACCAGAGGUGUCGCAUCUCGGGUGGGGACGGUGGUAUACUCUGAGGGAGCUUGAGGCAGCCACGAAUGGGCUCUGUGAAGAGAAUGUGAUCGGAGAAGGUGGCUACGGGAUUGUGUAUCGUGGGGUUUUGACUGAUGGUACUAAAGUCGCCGUCAAGAACUUGCUUAAUAACAGAGGACAGGCAGAGAAGGAAUUCAAAGUAGAAGUGGAAGUGAUUGGUCGUGUACGACACAAGAAUCUCGUUAGGCUUUUAGGUUAUUGCGUUGAAGGUGCUUACAGGAUGCUGGUGUAUGACUUUGUGGAUAAUGGCAAUUUGGAGCAAUGGAUUCACGGUGAUGUUGGCGAUGUUAGCCCUCUUUCUUGGGAUAUCCGCAUCAACAUUAUACUCGGGAUGGCUAAAGGAUUGGCGUACCUACACGAGGGUCUUGAACCAAAAGUGGUUCAUCGGGAUAUAAAAUCGAGCAAUAUAUUGCUUGAUCGCCAAUGGAAUGCUAAGGUUUCGGAUUUUGGACUUGCUAAGCUCUUGGGUUCCGACAGCAGUUAUGUGACCACCCGUGUCAUGGGAACCUUCGGUUAUGUAGCACCGGAGUAUGCAUGCACCGGGAUGUUAAACGAGAAGAGUGACAUCUAUAGCUUUGGAAUAUUAAUCAUGGAGAUCAUCACUGGAAGAAACCCUGUUGAUUAUAGUCUCCCUCAAGGAGAGACGAAUCUAGUGGAGUGGCUGAAAACAAUGGUAGGAAACCGAAGAUCAGAAGAAGUAGUUGAUCCCAAAAUAGCCGAACCACCAUCCUCAAAGGCUCUUAAACGUGUGCUGCUCGUUGCUUUGCGUUGUGUGGAUCCUGAUGCAAACAAGAGACCUAAAAUGGGACAUAUCAUACAUAUGCUUGAAGCUGAAGACUCACUCUUUCGUGAUGAACGCCGUACAACGAGGGACCAUGGAAGCCGCGAUAAGCUAGAGACAACGGCUAGUGAAAGCGGCGAGGGCAUCAUCAGCAUCAUAAGAUGAAAAAAAAUAGUCACUCAAGUGAUUUUGCUUCUCACACGACCAUUCUAUUUGCAUUGAUUCUUAUUAUUAUUGUGUCAAUUACAUAGUAUUUUCGUUCUUGGGCGCUCUCGAGUCUUUGCCUUUGCGUUUUUUACGUUUUCCCACAAAGAUCAUUAAAAUCCCUAAUGGGUAGUACAAGUGAUUCUCGAAGCCCAAUUCCCUACAUUAAUCCUACUACGCUACCCAAGAGCCAUGUACAAGAGGUAAAAACACGUGUAACUAUCAACCACUUUGGAGAUUGUCGACGUGUGUUGAUACCCUUCGGUGUAUAUUGGAGAUUGUCCAU